CCCUCGUAAGAAAGUUUGGAGAGCUGUGUAUGAGACAUCCAGUGUUAGCGCUUUAAGGAGCACCUGUUAUCCCAGCAUCCUUUGCGUGUCAAACAUGGAAGAACUGGAGGUAGAGGUUCGUGGCUCCAACGGGGCUUAUUACAAGGGCUUAGUCAAGGCCAUCCACAAUGAUUCACUCACCAUUGCCUUUGAGAACAAUUGGCAACCAGAACGCCAGGUACCCUUCAGUGAUGUCAGGAUGCCACCUCCUGCUGAUGUCAAGAAGGAGAUUAAAGAGGGGGAGGAGGUGGAGAUCCUGUCUCGAGCCACUGAGCUAGAACCUUGUGGCUGGUGGCUAGCUAAGGUUUGCAUGACAAAAGGAGAUUUCUUUGUAAUUGAGUAUGCGUCCUGUGAUGCCACCUACAAUGAGAUUGUGACAUUUGAUCGGUUGCGCCCAGUCAACACUAACAAGGCAAUCACCAAUAAUUACUUUCACAAGUGCAGUAUCGCUAUUCCUCAAGAUCUGCAAGAAGCGUGUCAGACUGAUAAUGCCCAUAAGGACUUUAAGAAAGCUGUGGAAGCCUGUCAUGUCUCAUACUGUCCUGAGACCAGCCAGUUGGUCAUUGUGUCCACCAAUGAGUCUACAGUGAAGCGUGUGUCUUUGCUGAGUGACAUGCACCUCCGCAGCCUCAGAACCAAACUUAUGCUCAUGUCUCGCAACCAGGAAGCUACAAAACACCUUGAGAACUCGAGGCACCUGGUGUCAUCCUUCCAAGAAGAGUUUAUGGUGAGACCAGAUUUGAUGGGACUGGCCAUUGGUAGUCAUGGCAGUAACAUUCAGCAAGCACGAAAAGUUUCAGGUGUCACUGCCAUUGAUUUGGAUGAAGAGACUGGUACCUUCAGAAUUUAUGGAGAGACAGCAGAAGCGGUGAAAAAGGCAAGGAACUUCCUAGAGUUUGUUGAGGAUUCUGUCCAGGUACCAAGAAACCUUGUUGGCAAAGUCAUUGGUAAGAAUGGAAAGGUCAUUCAAGAGAUUGUGGAUAAGUCUGGUGUUGUGAGGGUCAGGAUAGAAGGAGACAAUGACAACAAGCAACCUCGACAAGAAACGCAGGGAAUGGUCCCCUUUACCUUUGUCGGUACAAAGGAAAGCAUUGGAAAUGUCCAGGUCUUGCUGGAGUACCACAUCUCUUACCUCAAUGACAUGAUGGAGCUUCUUGUGCAGAGCCAACAACUAGAGGAAGAGCUGAGAAAGCUUGGGGAUAACGCACAGGGAUGCAGCCUAGCACGAUUAAGAAUAAGUGGCACAAGGCACACAGGAGGUGUAGAUGAGGUUGAACAGCUUCGUCUGGAGCGGAUGCAGAUUGAUGAACAGUUGCGUCAGCUCACGCAGGGCCAUCGACCUGGAGACAAGGAGAGAGGAGAGCGGGGGGAGCGAGGAGGAGGGGGAUACAAUAUGGAUGGCAGUGCCAAUGCUUCAUCUUCAUCAUCACAUGUUGGGCGUUCCUACAACAGUCGAGGUCGUGGGCGCAGAGGCCACGGUUACAGUACCGGAUAUGGCACCAACUCUGAGCACUCCAAUGCGUCUGAGACCGAUUUGGAGCGUCGAGAUGAAGUCAAUGAUUGGUCUCAGGCUGGUGAGAUGCAAACAACGGAGAGGGAAAGAGGUCUGCGUCCACAGAGAGAUAGUCGCAGGCGGCUGGGACUAGGAAGAGGACGAGGAGGACGAGGAAGAGGAGGAUACAAUAACAGCCCUUCAGGGCCUCGGGGUGACGCUACGGAGACAAACACCGAGACAGACCAGACGGCUGAUACAGAUGCGAGUGAGUCCAACUUGCUUACCACUCGCCAGCGAAGAUCCCGACGACGUAGGACUGAUGACGACACCACAGUGAUGGAUGGCAUGAGCGAGUCAGAAAACACCUCAAUGAGUGAAAAUGGGAUAGUGACAGUGGCCGACUUCAUGUCCAGGGCUGACUCUCAGAGCAGACAGAUGCCAACCAAGGAUGCCGAAAAGAACGAGGAGAGUCAGGUGGACGCCAGAGCAGAGCACAGCCCAGAGGUCCCCUCUGCAGCUACGAAUGGUUCUGACAACAAUGCUCCAGACAAUGAGAGCAAUUGUGCCACCCAUGACCCAGAGUCCUCCACUGAGGGGGUCACUAAAGUCUGUAACAAAGGGGACCCUGACCCUAAACCUGUUGUGAAUGGCCUCUAAUAGACCCCAAAACAUGGUUUCAAAUAUUUCAACUUAUUUGGCAUUGUUUGAAAUCUCAUGAUUUUGUGUGAAUCUCAGUUUUUAAUGCAGCAAGAACUGUCCUUUUUUUGUACUUUGAAAUUUGAAACAGUGCACAUUUUAGUGGUCUGUAUUUACACCACUCCUUUACACUCGUCCUAUUAUCCAUGCAGUUAGUCUUUUUACAGUAGUUCUUCCUGUAUAAGAUGGCCAAAGAUAGUCUAACACACACUAUGUAAAUGUUCAUUUUCAGUCGAGGGAUUGACUGUGAAUGCAGUAUUUGGAAAAAGUAGUCAGGGAUUCCACUCAAACCCAUACUGUGGUAUUAAUGCAGCUGUUCUUUUUGGUGACAUCUUAGCAGGGUUUUUGUAAAUGUCUGCCUUUGCCAGGUGAACUUCCAAAACAUUUUCUGGAUAUUUUGUGCAUCUGAAGUAGUUUGUACUUCCAAUUGUUGUGCAUGAGCAAUACCACAGUGCAGGCAGAUUUAUUGGAAGGUCUGUGUACUUGACAUUGACGUGAUCAGCUGUCGUGCCUUGAGAAUAGUUUGAACAUGUUGCCUGAACCGCACAAACCCCGAAAUCUUUUCACUUGUUUGGUGGUUGUUUGCCUGCUUCGGUUAGACCGCGUGAGCAGUUUUUCGUAACUGGGUCUCUUCCCACCCGAACUGACAAACCCAACCACCGAAGACCUGAGAAGACAUUAGGAUGCAUAUCUUUUGAAGUCAGGUGUGACUGUUCUUAAUGUUUAUCCUCUUUGUUUAGUUUGGCAUAGCUGCUUUCUCUUCUUCAAUAUGCAACCACUUUGUUCAUGAGGAAAUUUUACAGCAUACAUACAGUGGGGCAAAAAAGAGCAGCUCGUCAGUCACCUAUUGUGAAAGUUCUUCCAUAUAAAAGAGACGAGACCUGUAAUUUUCAUCAUAGGUAGACCUCACCUAUGAGAGACAAAAUGAGGGGAGAAAAAUCCCACAGAUUAGAAAAAGAUUGGCAAAUUAGGGUGGAAAAAAAAACAUUUGUUCAAUAACAAAAGUUCAUAGUUAUAUUAAGUUAUAUCUCCUUUGUUGGCAGUAAUAGAGGUGAAUUGUUUUCUCUAAGUCUCCACAAGUUGGUAUUGCUUGCUGGUAUUUUGGCCCAUUCCUCCAUGCAGAACUCUAGAGCAGCUAUGUUUUGCGGCUAUUGCUGAGCAACAGACUUUCAACUCCCUUCAAAGGUUUUCUUUUGGGUUGGGAUCUUGAAGACUGGCUCAAUUACUCCAGGACCUUGAAAUGCUUAUGAAGCAUUCAUAGGCCGGGUGCUUUUUUUUUUUUUCAUGCUAAAGACCCAGCCACGUCCUCUUCAAUGUCCUUUAGAAUGACGUUUUCACUCGAAAACUUACAUCCAUGGCCCCAUUCUUUUUUUUUUUCUUGACACAAAUCAGUCAUCCUAGUCCCCUCCUUUGGAGUUUGGAGUGUGACUGAAGAUGUGGACAGGUUUUUUUUUUUUUUCCAAUACAGAACCAUUUUAAACAGGUGCAAUUAACACAGGUGAGUGGAGGGCAGAGUUACAGAAGUUACAGGUCUGCUAGAGUUAAAUACUUAUUUUCCACCAUAAUUUGCCAAUACUGUAAAUUCUUCAUUCUUAAUUUUUCCCAUUUUAUCUCUUAUAGAUGAAGUAUACUUCGGAUGAAAAUUACAGGCCUCUUAUUUUAAGUGUGAGAAUUUGCAAAAUUGGUGGCUGACUUAAUGCUUUUUUUUGCCCCAUUAUAUUUGGAAAAGAACCAGGAUUCAUUUCCUUUGCACUGAAAUGUAUUUUUCUGUCAAGUUAAUUGUAGUUGGAAACUGCCUUGUGUGCUCAACAAAGAUGUAGCCAUUUUCUUUUCCUCAGUUGGAAACUAAUUGUUUCACUUAAAGAAAGCUUAUUUAUUUCAAAAGUGUACAGUAUUUAAAAAAAAAAGAAAAAAAAAUUGACACUAAACAUACAUGAGGACACAAAUGGCAAAUUUUGACUACUGAGAGUUGUGACAACGCAUGUUUUUCUGUUGAACUGAGAGUAGUAUUUUGUUUUUUUUCUAAAGAAUCAUUCUGGUUGAUGUGCAAUAUGUUUUGUAUGCUGGUAGUUCUUAAAUAAACUUGAUCUUUCAUAUUAGAUCUAAA